UUCAGGAGAGAUGAAGAAGCCUCGGAUGACCUCAUCUCUGGACGCGGACCCCUGCAUAUUUGUUGGGCCAUUUUCCGUCACUCUUCACAUUAACCGGUACCCCUCGACGCGCCCAUAACCCCUAUAACGCGUCGCAACAUCAAAACUCCCCAUUCCUAUACUUCGGACUGUCACACCAAUCGCUUUCAGAUCGCAAUGGCUGCCGUGACGUCCGCAACGGUGACUGUCGACCCGCCCGCCGUCAAGAAGCGUGGGAGACCCAGGAAGAUUGUAGACGAGAGCGCUGUGGCGCCAGAGAAGCCUGCAGUGAGGAAGGCAUCGACCAAGGCAAAGGCCACACAGAAGGCCAAGAUAGUAGAUGCUAUGAAGGAGAAGAAGACGACCUUGACAAGGGUGUCGGACUACAAGAGCAAGAAAGAAACACCUGCGCCCAAAGCUGCGCCCACGAAGACAAGCACCGCACAGCAGGUUACACCUGCCACACCGACAAGUAGCAAGAUUCUGGAUGAAGUCAAAGCGGCAGGGGCCUUCAGCAAGCCCGCCGCGACACCACGAACAGAGCCCGAACAGCCCUUUAUCCCACCUGUCCCUGGCCCAGCGCCAGCUGCCCCAAUUCUACCUGCUGCAGCAGAAACUCCAAUUCUGAACGCAGACGCAGCGCCUCCUGCAUCGUCAUCGUCAGCAGCACCAGCUUCAGAAGAGCUCAACCCAGGCUUCAUACCACCAGUCCCUGGGCCAGCACCUGUCGCCCCAAUUCAACAACCCGUCGACGAAGCUCCCUCAAAACCCGUCAUACCACCCACGACUGCAGCCCCAAGCGAGCGCGCAAACAUCAUUCCACCGAAACCACGCGCGACCACUAUUCCACUUCCACGUAACCCGCUCACAGCGCCCUCACCUACCUCAGAACCCUCUAAACCGCGCAUCGCCUUCGCAGAACCCGCCCCUAGAGCACCGCCGCGAGCUCCAAGAUACCCAACUCGAAUCAUCGAACCGACGCCCAACACAAAACUGCCACCGAAGUACAAGAAGGCAGCGAGGCAAGUGACGAGCAUCAUUGUAGGAAUACCGAUCAUCAUUGUGGUGGGGUAUGAACUGUAUGGGCGAUGGAAGACUCAAAUCAAUACCAAGUUCGAGGAGAGGGCGAGGAGGGAUCAAGGGCCCAAGCAAUUGAGCGGGUAGGACAUGUGUACAUAUGAGGCCAAUGAACA